AUGCUUUCCAAAAGAAUACUCCAAUCUCUUACCUAAUCGUAAUCAUGUCCAUCAUCAAAGUAGCUAGUUUGCUCAGAAAAUAUGAAAAUUAAUAUAAUAACAUGGAUUUAUGAGGGUUAUCUUAACGAAUUUAACAAGCCUCGAGAUCAAUUAUAAGAUAUUAAUUAGAGGGCAAUUGAAAAGAAAGAAUUUGAAAAUUAUCUUGAGUAAAAAUUAAGCGAUAUCAGCAUUAAUUAUGUUGAGAUAUUUCAAAAAAAUUUAAUGAGCUGGCUUUAUUCUUUCUUAACUAGAAUAAAUACUUAAGCUAGCGAGUUAAUUAAGAACAAAAACAAUUAAGUGUAGCUCUUUGAUUCAGUUAAGAAAAGCAAUCCACAAGCUUAGGAAAUUAUAGACUGUUUUAUCUAAGCAAAGCCUGAUCCAUAAAUCAAGGAAUCAAUCAGUAAGUUUAUCACUUUAAUUAGCCAACAGCAAGCACCAAAUUAAGAAAACUAGAAUUAACACUAAUAAGCUAAUAAUCACCCAUAGUAUAAUAACUACAAUUAAGCAGGUAGAAUGCAGUAAGGAGGUUUAUCACAAAAUACGCAAUAAAAUCCUUAGUAAAGUAAUCAACAAGUUAAAUAAAUUCCUCCAUAGGGCUAGUAGCAGAAUUAGUAAGACUACUAAGAAGGCUAGCCCUUGUUAAAUAAUGUACCAAAUAAAUAGUAAUAUUUAGAUUAACAAUAGUAUUCAGCGCAAAAAUAGUAGUAACAACCUUAUAAUACUAAAAAUAACUCUAUUUAACCUAUCAAUUAGCAUCAAAAUGGUUAACAGUAGCCAUCUUAAUAGCUUAAUCCUUAGUAAGCACAUAAUAUGCAAAUGUAGUAAAAUAUGCCUUAAAAUGGACAAAAAUACUCUAUGAACGGUUAAAUGAAUCCCAAUAGCAGCAAUUUAGCACCUUCUAGUUCUUCAGCUGCUAAUCCUGGAUAAACUUAUAAUCCAUAAAACAAACAAAUGAGUUCUGCUUAGCAACAACAAUUAUUAUAAUAGCAAAAGCAAUACUAAUAGAAUACUCACGAAUACACUGCCUCUAAUAAGAAUCCAUAAAAUCUGGCAAACUAAGGUUAAAGCAACCACUAAAAUAAUUAGUAAAUACCUUCAAACUAGCACCAUCCAUCACAAUAUAGCUAGGGUCAUAUAAAUGGGCCUAAUUAAAACUAGCAGCAAUACUCUGCAAACUAAAGUCCAAGUUUGGCUAAUAGAGCAGCAACUUAAGGAUAGCCUUAAACAUAGAGCGACUAAUCCAAAUAAAUGUCUUCUUAUGCCUAUCAAUAGCAAUAGUAGUAAAUUAACCAAGGAUAACAUAGCUAGAACCUUGGUAGAUAAAACGGUUAGCCUCCAUAAAUUCCUAAUCAAUAAUAGCAAAACUACUAAACUCAAUCAAAUUAAUAGUAAAAUCCAUUAUAGAAAUAGCAACAACAAUAACAACCACCUGCACAUUUAUAAUAAUAAUAAGCUAAAAAUAUUAAUUAAAAUAAUUAACAGCAAUUGCAGAGUUAGCAAUCCCAAUCAUAAUAAAUGCAGUAAUAAUAAUAACAAUAGCAAUAGGGGUAAUAGUAAGUCCUUUUGUAGUAAUAAAAGUAAGGUGGCUAACCAAAUUAGAUUCCUCCUUCAAAUAUGCAAUAAAGAGCUCAUUGGAAUAAUUAAAAUAAAGCAGGUAACCCUCAAUAAAAUAAUUUUUAAGUUAAUCAUUAAAUGUAAGUCAAUCAAAAUUAGAAAAUGAAUGGAGAAACUAACCCCUAAGUCCCAAAAGAAGAAUAAGAUUUGAACUCAUAAAAAAAUAAUAUGAAUUCUCAGUAAAAUAUUUCACAACAAAUGCAAUAAUAAAAUUAAACUCAAAUUCCACCAAAUCACAUUCAAAACCAAAAUAUGCAAUAAACAGGUGCUGGAGCUGCUAAUAUGAACCUUAAUAAUAGACAAAAUAUGAUGGCAAAUAGAGCAUAAAACUAAUAAGGAAACCCUCAAUAGGUGCAGCAAGGAUCUAAUUAAUAGCAACAACCUCCUAAUCAGUAAGUACCACCAAACAAUGUUCCAGGAAAUUUCCAUUAAUAAAAUGGGUAAAAUUAAAACCCAUCAAGCAUGAACUAGUUAUAAAUUUAGCAGUAAUAAAAUGUUUAAAAAUAAAGAGGAAGAAGUAAUAACUCAGCUGCAAAUUUGAAUCAGAUGAAUGAAUAAAACUAAUAAAUUACUUCUAACUCACAACCACCCACAAAUAAUCCUUAAUAAACAGGAAUGUAAUAGCAAUUAAAGCCAAAUCAUUAAAUUGCAUAAAAUAUUUAACAAUAGUAGCAAUAAAAUUUAAAACCUGGUCAGGUAAUUCCAGGACAGCCGCAAUAAGGCUAAAAAGGUUUUCCUAAUUAACAAUAAUUAUAACCUCUACCAAAUGCGAUAUAAAAUUAAAAUAUGCCUCCAUCUGGGUAUCCUCAUCUCUAAUAAAAUGGAAAUGGACUAACUACAAUAAGCUCACAAGGAUCUAAAGUGAGAAUCACUAAAUCAUAAACACCAGCACCAGAUCAGAUUUAGUAAUAAUAAUUUUAACCACCUCAAGUUGAUCAAUAAUUACAGUAAUAAUAGUAAGAAAUUUAAUCUUAACCUCCUGCUGCUGCAACAGCAGCUAAUACUACUGCUCCUACUACUAAUGUUGCUAACCCCACUAAUGCUGCUACUACUACAACAAAUAUUACAACAACAGCAGCAACAACAACAACAACAACAACUGCAAAAAGAAGAGGAUCGUCAUAAAAUGUAUAAAAAGAAGUACCUUUAAGGAAAAAAGCUUCUAAAAGACAGCCAAGCAAUUAAGUAAAAGAAGAAUCUGAUACAAUUUAAACAUAAUCUUAAAUUUAAUAACAGUAAGUACAGAACUAAUCCAAUCAAAGAGAAUAGAAUAAUAUCCCUAACGGAGUUAGCGGAUAGGGAGUGCAGUCAAAUAAUGCAGCAGGACCAGGGCAGGUAGGAUAGACAUCAUCAUUAUUGGGAGCAGCACAAAUUCCAACAACAUUGCCAGUACCUUACAACUAAUUUCAUUAGCAACAGAAUCCUCAAAACUAAAUGCCUCAGCCUAUAGCGCCCAAUCAUCCUUAAGUUUAAAGGAGUGCAUAUCCACAACAAGGAGAGCUAGCAGCUACCAAUCAUCCAUCUGAAAUAUAUUUCAAAGAAAACUAUCCUGUUAAACAAUAGUAAAUACCAGGAGGUUAAUAGCAAAUUCCUUAAGGUACUAAUUACCUACAAAAUUAACUCACAUAACCUGAUGCUAAUGGUCACUAACCACCCUAAAAUCCUCGAGUUAUAGAGUAAGAGUAAGAUAGACCCCCUAAAUUUAACUAAAAUCCUGCUCUUAUAAAUUAAAGUCCCUCUAAAUAACUAACCUCUUUAAAUCCCUAAGGAACUAAAGGGCAGCAGCCUAUAUAGCCUUAACUGGGUCAGAAUGUUUAGUCUUAAUUCCCUCCUCUGAACCAACCGAGCAGCUCCUAGAUAGAAACAGGUGCAUAGCUUCCCACUAACUAAUAAAUUUAACCGUAGCCUGCUCCAACUCAACCUCCAAUAAACAGUCGUCGUAAAAAUACGAGCAACUCUAUCAAAUAAGGAGAACAGCCCACCAAAAAAGUUAAGGCUAAUCCAUAAACGAACCCUUCCCAAAAAAACGACUAGCAAGAUUUGUAAAAUCCUCCUCCUGCCCCAGUUUUAGGACCAGCGCAACCCACAGUAUAAGGAAAUCCCAUACCUCCUCAAACUAACAACGUUUAAACUUCUUUAUAAAACUAGCAGCAAAUCAAGUAACAAGGUUUAAAGCAACAAUAACAAUUUAUCUAAAAUUAAUUGACAAAUUAGCCUCAAAUCCCAAGUUCAAAUUAGAUUCCUUAAGAUCCACAAUCCUUUUAACAAAAGUAACAAAAUCAAAAUAUUUAGCUCCAAUAAAAUGCAUAAUAGUAGCAAUUACAAUAAUAAAAAAACAUGACUGCUCAAUAAAAAAAGUCACAAUAAAAUUAGAUAUAAUAAUAACAAAAUGUUUAAUAAUAAAUACCAACUCAAGUUAAUCCUAACUUAUAGUAACAAUAAUUAUAAUAAUAGUCUUAACAGCAACAAUAGCUUUAACAAUAAUUACAACAACAGUAAACACAAUAGCCAGCAAGUAAUUUAUUGUAGCAUAAUUCUCAAAUACAAAAUCCCUAGAAUCCAAAUUUAGUUUAAAAUUAGCUCUUUGUUAAAUAGCAGCAAACAUAACUAUAAUAAACUUAAUAAAAUAAAUAAUUUUAACCACAGUCUCUUCAUUCUUCAGGUCAUUCGGUAGGUUAAAAAUACAACCCUGCUGCUGAAUAGCCAUUUUAAUAAUAAUAAAAUCUUGCUUAGUAAGGAAAAGACAGUAAUUUGGAUAGUUAUGGUAAUCCUACUCCUUUUAACUCAUAAAUGAAUACAUAAUAGUAACCUUAAUAGCAAAGUGGUGUAACACAGCAUUAGUAACAACCUAAUUCUAGAUAGCCACCAUUAUAAAUUUAACAGUAGUAAUAGCAAAUAAAUAAUAGAUAGAAUCUUCACUAAUCUAAUAAUGAAAGAAAUAUUCAUUCAAGUGCUCAUUUAACACCAUCUAAAAAUCAUGCAAAUAAUAGUUAAUAGUUCUAACAAUAAUAAGCAUAAUAAUAACAAUAACAGCCAAAUCCAAAUCCAAAUAUGCAACAGUAAAAUUUACAGCAUAGUGGAUAAAAUUAAUAAUAGCAAUAAAUAUUUAACUACUAGCAAAAUCCACAUAAUCCAAAAUAUCCUUAAUAAUAGCAACCAUUACCAUUAAAUUAAUAUUAACAGCAAUUUAACUCUUAGGGUGGACUAAAUCAAUCUGGUAGUAGUUAGGGUGGACACUAGCCUAGUAGCUUAAAUUCUUCUGCAUAGCUUUUAUCUAGUUAACAAUAGCAUGUAAGCUAGAAUCCUAAUAAUUAGCAAUCCCAAUAGCAAUAACAUCAAUUUAGAUUGAGCUAGUCAGGAGGAUAAACUAACUAGAUUCCAUCUCAGAACCCGUAGCCAAAUUCAUUACAAUAAUAGCAAUAUAAUAACAUGUAAUAAUAGUAAAAUAAACCAUUUAAUCCAUAAUAGCAAAUAAUGAAUUAAUAGCAGGCUAAUUAAAAUCCAUCUAUAGGAGCUCAGAUUUAAGGUUAAGGAAAUCCUUAGAAUAUUCAUCAAAAUAAGUAAAUGGUUGGAAGCUAGACAGGGUUGACAGAUUCAUAGCAAUAGUAAUAAAUGAUUGAAUAGCAGCAGCAAGCUUAGUAGAGAUAAUAGAAGAACAAAUAUUUAUAAGAUUAGGCUAAGUAGCAAUAACAAAAUUAAAUGGCCUAAUAACAAUAACAACAACAGUCUAUUCCCAAUUAAAAUUAAUAUGCACAAUAAUAAUCUAUGAAAAGUAGUAAUAAUAUUGAGUACUAAAGAUAAUCUUAAGGAUAGGGGAGUUAGAAUCCUCAAUAAAUUCAUUAACAAUAACAACAAAUGGUAUAGUAAUAACAAGUAUAGUAGCAGUAACCUUUAUAGCCUGGCAAUCCAUAAUAAGUGUAGCAAGGUUUCCCGAAUUAAGUAAAUAAUUAACCACCUCAAAAUAUUUAGUAAUCAACACCUCAAAGAAAUGGCUAAAUGUAGAUAAAGGUUAAUCCAUAAUUAGCAUAAGCAGCAACUCAACCAUAGAUUGGCACUUAGGGAAGCUAAAUGUAGCAAGGAGGCAUAUAAAAUAACUAGAUGCAAAGAAAUACACCGCAAUAAGGAUAAAAGAAUGCUGCUGGACCAUAAAAUUAAGCAGUAAAUGGUCAAAUUAUACAAUAAGGAUAGUAGAUUAAGCAAAAUAAUAUUCCAAUAAAUAACAAUCCAAACCAGAUGAAUCCCAAUCCAAAUUAGAAGUAAUAGCAAGAUCUAAGACACCAAUAAUAGUUAUAAGAAAUAGCAUAGCAAUAGCAAAACCCUAGCAACAAUAUUUAAUACCAAAAAGCUUAGUUAUAAGGAAUGCAAUAAAGGUAAUAAAAUCAGGAAAAAAUUAAUCCAAAUAAUCAAUAGUAAUAAUAUGGGCCUCAUUAUUAGAAGUAACAACAGCCAAACUAAAAUAUAAACUAAGUGCAAAAACCUUAAUCUUAGCAGUAGAUUCCAAUUCAUCCAAAUUAGAUUACUGGAUAAUAGCAAAUGGCUAAUAACCCUUAAAAUAGCAGUGGACUACAAUAGCCAAACUAAUAAAAAAAUAACCUCUAAAACUCUAAUCAUCUAUCUUCAAGCAAUUAAUACACUCCUCCGUAACAGCAGUAAUAAGGAAUUGGAGGACACACACCAUCUUAAAUACAAACUUAAAACCUUUAACAAAUUCAACCUCACAAUAUUUCAGAAAAUAGUAAUAUUUAUUACCAAUAAUAAAAUUCUUCAUUUUAAUAGCAAUUGCAUGUGCCCUAAUAGAUGGCACAAGCGCAAUAAUACUAGAAACAAUAGUAGCACUAAGCUUAGCAGUUUCAAAAUUAACAUUCAAUUCCCCCAAAUUCAAUUAAACAAUAAAAUUAUAAUGAAAAUAUAGGAUACAAUAAUCCUGAAUAACAGAACCUAAGUAGAAGCUACGAAGAUAUUUAAAAUAGAUAUAAUGUGCAAUAACAGCAACAAGCACAAAAUAUGCCUUAAAAUUUAACUCAGAAUAAUUAUGAAUAAGAAUAAAAUGUAUUAAAAGCAAAGGAAUACAUAAGACAAGCCUGUGAUUAGAGAGGUUUGGGACAACAAGAUGUUACAAAUUUAUUCAGAGAGAUUGAUAACUUAGUUUUAAGAAGAAAAGAUGAAUUCAUUAUUGAUUUUGAAAUAGAAUAUAAUUAGUGUUUGAUUAUUGAGGUAAAACUUAAAAAGAAUAAUGCAUUUGGUUCUCUCCGAGUCGAUUUUGACAGACAAACACUUAAAUAUAAAAUUUUUUCCAUGAAUUAUGAUUAUAGCUUCACUGAUAAAGAAAGGGAAUAUGAUAAGAUCAUGGAUGUAAUUGGAGUAUGGUACAAGUUCUAAUAAUAGCAGAAUAAAGACAGCUAACCUUGA